AAUAGCCGUUAAGCCAAAACUUUGGCUUAAAAUCCAAGUCGAUUGCCCUGCUGACUCAGCCAUUGCAUGUCAAUGCCGUUAAGUAUCUACCAAACUUCCACCAAAGGGCAGGUGGCGGUGGCGUUGGCGUCAACUUUUCUCUGUUAUCUUUGCCAGCUAAAAUGUCAACGCUACAGAUGUAAAACCUGCACUACACGGGUGGUGUCUGACGUGUCAGAAAACUCGUGAUUAUAUCAAGAGAGGUGGAUCUGCCAUCUGGCAACCGCAGAGACGUUGGCCGGCCCAGCGAUCGAAUUCCAGUGGAGUGGAGUUGAGUGGAGUGCUUACGAUGACAAUGAAUAAUUUUUUUGUUUGUUGAGCAGCAUUGUGAUUGAAAUUGCACGAGAAACAGCUGUAGCAGACGGCCACCAUCUACCUUGGGCAGGUAACUAACGAACAUGUUCCAUGCCUUGCCCUUUCAAAUUGACAGCAACAUUUGGCUCUUAUAUAAACAACAAGCCCACUCAGAACAUUCAACAUUCACCAUUCACUUUUUCAUUUUUCAAUUGCACAAAAUGGGAGGAAUAAGCGAGAGGGAUCUCUGGGUAAGGGGCGCCAUUAUUGGGUCCGGAGCAUUUGGGACAGUUAGCCUUGGCAUAAGCAAGACUAAUGGCGAGCUCUUUGCAGUGAAAUCCAUGGCGGCAAGUUCUGUUUCUUGUUUAGAGAAUGAGUAUAAUGUUCUCAGUUGUUUGGAUUCUCCAUACGUUGUGCGAUGCCUGGGGAAGGAGCAGGGCUUUCAGAACGGAGUGGAGGUUUGUAAUCUGAUGAUGGAGUACAUGCCAGGCGGGAGUAUAGCGGAUCUUCUGAGUAAUAUUGGUGGAAAAAUGGAGGAAUCGGUGAUCAGAGACCACACUCGUGGGAUUCUCCUUGGAUUGGAUUAUCUCCACAGGCAGGGGAUUGUGCACUGUGAUAUUAAGGGCAAAAAUGUGCUUUUGGGGGCGUGUGGUGCGGUAAAGCUUGGGGAUUUUGGAUCUGCCAGGAGGGCAGAGGAAAGGGGAUUUUUGAAAGAUUUGAGAGGGACGCCAUUGUGGAUGGCUCCAGAGGUAAUGAACCGGUUGGAACAGGGGCCGCCCUCGGAUAUUUGGUCUCUGGGUUGCACAGUUGUGGAAAUGGCGACUGGAAGGUUGCCUUGGAGUGAGGUUUCGAAUCCCCUGGCCGCCAUGUUUCGCAUCGCCUGUACAGACGAAGUUCCAGACUUGCCCGCCUGUGUUUCUACUCAAUGCCGGGAUUUUCUUGAGAAAUGCUUGCGGAGAGAUCCGAAGCAGAGGUGGACUGCUGCACAGCUGUUGAAUCAUCCUUUCCUCCAUGAGACCGACUGCUGCUCUGAGGUUAAAAGGGCUCCCCUGUCUCCCACCAGCAUUCUGGAUUUUCAGAGGCCUGAUUGGGAUUCUUGCUCUUCUAGCCUGUCUCAGACUGUUCCAAUUCUGUCCUUGGACAUUCCGAGACCUUCUGCACAGGUGCCGGUUAUAAGGCCCUCUCCAAGGGACAGAAUUGCAGCCUUGGCUGCAGGUUGUCAGAGGCCUAAUUGGUCUACAAGCUCUUUCAAUGGCGACUGGAUUGUAGUGAGAUCCAAGUCUCCAUCAUCAAAUGUUCUUGAAUCAAUUCCAGUAGAAUCAAGUUCCAGAUUGCAAGAGAGCGAUCGAGAACAGGAAAAACCAGAAUCCACCAAUAGAAGCUUAGUUGCAGAGGCAUCUACAGAACAGGGGAUGCAGGAGUGUAAUCUAGUUAAAGCAGCCCCUUUGAUCGAUCAGGUUCAAGAAUUGUGUGAAAAAUCUCUGGAGCACACCGUUGUCCACCAUUGCCACGAGGGUGUCCAUCACAGAGCACAAAUUCUGUCGGUGUGUAAUACCGCUCGGGAAAAAAAUUACUUUUCUUGUAAUCGUUUGUAUGAUGAACCACGUUGCCGCAAAACAGUCAUCGAGGGGCAACUGUACACAGCAUAUUGUACUUUUAUUUCACAAUUAAUUCCAAAUUAUUUAAUUCGGCCACGUUGGUGAUC